GGUGAAGCGGAACCCGGAUGCUGAUGUUGAGCGUAUGGGAUGAAUAGAAGGAGCCAGAAGGAACCAUAAAGAGGAACAUUACGAGUUCUGGAUCAAAAAAGGCCAUUUUUAGAACGCGAAACCACUUUUAAGUCCGCUUAUUUGACAUUUUUAGAGGCGUUUUUUGGGCGGUAAGGGGCUUGUAGUCAUAUAUGAGCACCGCCGGUCAGGAGGAGACACCGGACGACAGGAUGGUGCUGCUGCCGCUUCUUGCGUCCAGGACCCGGGUCGACUGCCUCCCCUAAUCCGAUAUUCGUUCACAGAAACCCACGGUGGGUUCGCUUAGUUGUAGCCGGCCUGUCUUGGACGUUUCCUGUCGAGGAGGAGGAGGAGGAGGAGGGUGGUGGUGGUGGUGGUGGUGUGAGCAAAGUGUGUACCGGAUAUUGGAAAAGCCAUUCUGGAUGCUGAUGCUUUUCCGAUUGUAGAUUGUAUUUAUUUUUUAAAUUGUAUUUUAUCUGGACGAACCGGCCACAUGAAGACAGAAGAUGAGAUGUUUUUUUGACAUUUGAAAAAAAAAAAAAAAAAAAACAGAAAAAAGGAGGGUGUGGGUGUUGAGGUGUGGGGUCCCUGAUAUCGACCAUGGAUCGGCGCAUUCUGACUUGGGAUAUCUGAGACUCUGCACUUGCGAGAAAUCGAUCCCGUUCGUCUUCCUGCAGCACUUUACGUCAAAUGCGUGCACGAAAAUAGUAAAACUGAAGCAGCCGGCGUGUUACCGCUAAAAAAAAAAAAAAAAAAAAGUGGGGGUGGCCUUCAUAAUCACGUCAUCUUCCUCUGAUCUCCACGUUUUGCACGUAAAAUCUCACUACAAGCCCACAUUGGCUACAUCGGACUUUAUUCCAGUUUUUUUUUUUUUUUUUUUUUUUUUUUUUGGGGAGGUGGAUGGGUGGUUCUCUCUGCAGGACAAACAAGUGCAUAUGGGAGGAGCCUGCAGGGCCCGGCGUUAACUCAGCACCAACCUUCCGACCUGGGAUGAGCCCUACUGCAUUGCGAGCCGAACCGGGCCCACGUCUGUCUUGAUUCAUCCGUUCCCAAUCAGCAUUCCGCUGCAAUGUCGGGGAAGCUGAGCAGCAAAGAGAUGGGCCAGUCCAACCAGUAUGUGGGGCCUUACCGGCUGGAGAAGACCCUUGGGAAGGGACAGACCGGACUGGUAAAGUUGGGUGUCCACUGUAUAACAGGGCAGAAAGUGGCCAUAAAGAUUGUCAACAGAGAAAAACUGUCCGAAUCAGUUCUCAUGAAGGUGGAAAGAGAAAUAGCGAUUCUCAAACUAAUCGAGCACCCUCACGUUCUGAAGCUGCAUGAUGUCUAUGAAAAUAACAAGUAUCUGUACCUGGUGUUGGAGCAUGUGUCCGGUGGGGAGCUCUUUGACUAUCUGGUGAAAAAGGGAAGGUUGACCCCUAAAGAGGCCAGGAAGUUCUUCAGGCAGAUCAUCUCCGCUCUGGACUUCUGCCAUAGUUACUCCAUAUGUCAUAGAGACUUGAAGCCUGAGAAUCUUCUCCUGGAUGAGAAGAAUAACAUCAGGAUAGCAGAUUUUGGCAUGGCCUCACUCCAAGUUGGGGAUAGUCUACUGGAAACUAGUUGUGGAUCCCCACAUUAUGCUUGCCCUGAAGUAAUAAGGGGAGAGAAGUACGAUGGCCGCAGGGCAGAUGUCUGGAGUUGUGGAGUCAUCCUCUUUGCUCUUCUUGUGGGCGCGUUGCCGUUUGACCAUGACAACCUACGGCAGCUUCUAGAAAAAGUUAAAAGUGGAGUGUUCCACAUGCCCCACUUUAUACCCCCUGACUGUCAAGCAUUGCUUAAAGGAAUGAUAGAAGUGAACCCUGACAAGAGACUCACGUUAGAAGCAAUACAGACCCACGCCUGGUACCAAAGCGGCCGCAAUGAGCCGUGCCCUGAGCAGCCACCGCCCCGCCGUGUGUGCGUCACCAGGGUGCUGUCGUUGACCGACCUGGACCCCGACGUCUUGGAAAGCAUGUAUUCUUUAGGGUGCUUCCGGGAUCGGGUCAAACUCACACGGGACCUUACAAGUGAGGAAGAGAACCAGGAAAAGAUGAUUUACUACCUCCUGUUGGACAGAAAAGAGCGUUACCCCACCUAUGAGGAUGAGGAUCUGCCCCCCAGAAAUGACGCUGACCCUCCCAGGAAGCGUGUGGACUCCCCUAUGUUGAGCCGUCACGGCCGCUGUAGACCCGAGAGGAAGAGUCUGGAGGUCUUGAGUGUCACCGAUCAAGGCUCUCCCACCCCACCUCGCAGGAACCUGGACACUAAUGCACACAGUCAAAGGUCUCGUUCGGUGAGUGGAGCGUCCACAGGUCUGUCCUCAAGUCCUCUCAGCAGUCCCAGGAGCCCGGUGUUCACUUUCAGCCAAUCAGAAGUCAACUCAGCUUCCUCCUCCAAAGAUCCCAAACCAGCGAGCGUGACCACCGCUCGGCCUAUCCGCCCAGCACCCGACCCCAAAACUCAGACCCUGCCCUCAAAGGGCCCCGCUGAGCGCCCCCAUCUCAACUCCAUGAAGUCCCUCCCUCUCCAGACACCGCGCACACCCUCCCCCUCCCCCUCACCCCUCCUCUCUCCCAUCCCGCGCUUUUUCAACUUCCCCUCCCCCUCUGUCUUCAAGUCCAAAAACGCCCACUCGUCCUCUAACUCCUCUGCCGCCACUCCUCCCGUGUCGCAGGUCACGCCGCAGGGCUCGCCACUCCCCACCCCGCUGGGCACGCCCGUGCACCAAAUGCAACACCCUUCCUCCACCACCCCUCCCUCCUCUUCCUCCUCGUCUUCUUCUCCCAGAGCGGACGGGUCCGGGGGGGCUUCCCUGUCGCUGACGCCGCCCUCCAGCCCGGGGAGCAGCGGCGGUCUGGCCUCUUCAAGCUCCGCCCACUGGAGGACAAGGCUCAACUCGUUCAAAAACAACCUGCUGGGGUCGCCACGCUUCCAUCGACGCAAACUUCAAGUUCCAACUUCAGAGGACAUGUCAAGUUUGACUCCAGAGUCCAGUCCAGAACUGGCUAAGAAAUCCUGGUUCGGUAACUUCAUCAGCCUGGAGAAGGAGGAGCAAAUCUUUGUUUUAAUUCGAGACAAACCCCUCAGCUCUAUAAAAGCCGACAUCGUUCAUGCGUUUCUCUCUAUCCCGUCCCUCGGCCACAGUGUUGUGUCUCAGAACAGUUUCCGGGCAGAGUACAAGUCCUCCGGUGGCCCCUCUGUCUUCCAGAAGCCUGUCAAGUUCCAAGUGGACAUUGGUUUCUCUGAGGGAGACAGAGAGCAAGAGAAGGAGCGAGCAGAAAGGGAAGGCAGAAGAGAGAUGGGUAUAUACAGCGUCACCUUCACCCUAAUAACAGGUCCCAGUCGCAGAUUCAAGAGGGUGGUGGAAACCAUUCAGGCUCAGCUCCUUAGUACUCAUGAUCAGCCUUCUGUGCAGGCACUGGCUGAUGAGAAGAAUGGCAAACCUUCCCGCCCGCCCAGCACACCUUCGCGUCAGAAUUCCAGGCGUUCGGAAAGCGGCUGUGAGAAAGAACGCGCGGCGGACGCGGCGAGCGCGAGCGGAAGCCACGCCGGGAGCGUCUUACAAAGGCAAGGCUCGGGGAAAGACAAGGCCAGACUUCUCUCUGCCACCAACGGGACGCAGUCGCAUCCCUGAAAAGAAUGUCGCCAAGGAGAGGCGGGAUAUCGCCUUUGACCUUUUCCUGUAUCCUUCCCACAUCAUCGCAGUUUUCUUCCUUUCUGCCUUGCUCUUUGGUCAUCAUUCCCUCGCAAAGGAUUGGCAGAUUUACUUUAAGCUCAACUAUAUAUGUAUGUGUAUAUAUACAUAUAUACUGUAUAUAUAUAUAUAUAUAUAUAUAUGUAUGUAUGUAUAUAUGUGUGU